GCGCUGGGCGGGGCUCGGGGCGGCGAUGGCGGCGCUGCCGGCGGUGGCCGCGGGGCUGCUGGGGGCGGUGGCGGCGGCUGCGGCGAAGCUGGCGCUGGGUCCGUGGCUGCCUGUGCUGUUUCGCAUCAGCUGUGUUGGCUUGGUGUUUGCUUGCAAUGCGGUCAUGUGGACAGUCUUUGCAAAAGCCCUGCGACUUUCCUCCUCCUCGGCUGCUGUCUCUGUGACAACAAUGGCCUCCAACUUCAUCUCUUCGGCCAUCCUGGGCAAGCUUCUCUUUGGGGAGACGUGGACGCCUCUGUGGUGGGUUGGCCUUGCUGUGACGCUCUGUGGCCUCAUGCUGCUGCACACUGCUGCACCCCAGCUAGGACAGUUUCUGGUGGAGAAGAAGGAGACAUGAUGGCUGCUGGAAGGGGCGCAGUGCCAUGCUGGCCCUCACCCAUUGCUGUCCUGCCUCAUGCUGGUGGCCCUGGUCCCCAGACAACUCCGAACACGCCAGCCACAGACCUGCUGACCCCUGCUCAUCUGCUGAUGUGCCAGCUUAUGAAGUCAUGUUGGUUGCAUCUUUCCUAGCAGGCUGGCGGUGGUGUGGCGGCAGUGACAGCCUCAGAGGGAGCUGGUCUGCUCUGAGUCAGUAUCGUGGAAAUCAGGGCCAGAGACUUAUCAGCUGCUCCUCCUCUUCACACCUAGCAGCUGCAGAGCUUUCCCAGUUCGGGGAAGGUGGAAAGUAAACAUAAUGGCUGUGGAAGGUGCCUGUGCAUUGGUACUUUUCCAUAAGAUGACCCUUCCCAAAAUAGAAAGGCAGUCAGAAGCAGACAGUGAAGGCGGCUGAUAUUUCUGCUCUGCUGUGUUUAACUUUCCUCUCUGCCUCUUGAAAUGGCCCUCUGCCUACCCUAAGCUCCUGCUGCUGGUAAGGCUGUGGAGCCUUUCAUUAAUUCCUCCAGCUUCCCCUACCUAUCACAUAAGCCUUUUAACUUGCCAUUGGAUCUAACACCUGUAAUUCUGGCUUUCCCAUUUCUGACAUCUUACUCACUGUAAGGUUGCUGCUUUAUCCUUUAAACUCUUAAACAGGAUGGGGUUUUAUUUGCCGUUCCUGCUCUGUGUGGGUCAAACUAGUUUUGGGAGAAUACAACAGGCUGCACUUGAACAGUCAGCUGCUUUUACUGAGUGUCCAUGUUCAACACAUCCCCCCACCUUUUGGUUGGAAAUUGCUUUAACACUUGGUAAAAUGGAGUUUCUCAAGCAACAUGGGUUUUCACACCUCUGGAUGAUGCUGAUUCCCAUUUGUGCAGUGUAAUCAGCCGGAUCACCGGUACCCAUGUAUGUGUCAAAUAUUGGGUCAGCGAUUACUCUCUGUUCAUGAUGAGACAUGUCGUCAAGGUGUACAUGUCAGGAAUCAUCAUUCUUAAGGUAUCGACUUCUUUCCCCUGCACACACAUCUUGUUUUACUCGGAGUUUUUUUAAGUGCAAUCCUAAUCGAGAAAUACAAUGAUAUCUAAAAGUGUAUGCAUCAUGCUGGUGAUACAACUUGUUUGCUCUAGGCUUGCCAGGUUGUCUCUGUGGUCUCGUAAUCACAGAAAGUGAGUCACAGUUGUGGCAUGUGCAGAAAACCUAAGGACACGUUUCUGCGAGCCUCUAUAUCAGAACUUGUCAGGUUUGUCAUUACUGGCAGCUAUGCACCCUGUCUCACAGAAGUGUAAAAAUAGACUUGCAGCUGGAAAUGCCCCUGGAGUUGGGUUUGUGCCUUUUCUUUCUUUUUAUCAGCUAGAUGAAAAGUCAGUGUUCCAAGAAGAGGCUGGGAGCAGUUCUAAGCCCCCUGCUUCAGAAGAGCAUCCUAGCUUGUCACAUCCAGCAGCCUUGUUCCAAGAAGGAAAAAGACUUUGACUCUCCCCUUGGUGUGCUCAUAAGUCUCCUCUCCAAACAGAGUAGCUACAUGUGUGGUGAUGAAGAGGGCAGAGUGCUCUGAGUGCCUUUCCUCCUUGCCAGCGGGAGUCUUCACACCCAGGGAGCAAUUUGGUAAGCAGCAGGGGCAAAACAGGGGCUUGACACGGUGCCUUAACAUCCCUUAUAUAUUUGUGGAGAUGACAACCAAGAGUCAUGCAUUUCUAAGUACAUCAAGUCUUAGACCUUUGUAUGCUAUGGAGAAAUAAUGAAGUCUGCAAGCCUCAUUUGUUUGCCUGUGUUAUUAACUCUCAGCCAGCUGUAAGCUAUGGCCCCCUUUGUGCAAACAGCAGGAGAAGGCCUAGGCUCUCUCCUCUCUGGUUACUUUGGUCAUUGGCCCUAUUCCUAACAAACCUUUUGAAAAGUUUUAACAUGGACUGUCUCAAAAGUGACGUUUCUUUAUUACAGUCAUUGUUUGAGGUCAAGUUCUAGGAGAUGUUUGCACAUGUGCAGAAAGUGCAGUGUAUUGGCUUUGUCUGGAAAGGUUUUGGUAGCAGAGGGGCUACAGGUGUGCCUUCUGUGAGAGCUGCUAGAAGCUUUCUCUGUGUCCAGAAGAGCCAAUGCCAGUAGGAUGCUAGACGGACCUGCCACUGGCCGAAGGCGAUCCAGUCAGCGACACUGGUAGCACCUCUGGGAUAACGUAUUUUAGAAGGAGAAUAAAAAACUGCAUCAGAACAGCAGCCAGAAGAGAGGAUUGAGAAUAUGUGAGAGAAACAACUCUGCAGACACCAAAGUCAGUGAAGAAAGAGGAGGAGAAGGUCUCGGAGUAGAGAUGCCCCUGCCGCCUGUAGUGAAGACGAUGGUGAGGCAGGCUGUCGCCAUGUGGCUCUGAGAGGUCCACAGUGGAGCAGAUAUCCACUUGUAGCCUGUCAAGACCCCAUGCCAGAGUGAGUGGAUUCCUGAAGGAGGCUGUGACCCCAUGGAAAGCCCAUGCUGGAGCAUGGCCUUGGUAGGACCUAUGGACCCGUGGGGAGAGGAGCCCAUGCUGGAGCAGGUUUGUUGGCAGGACUUGUGACGCCCUGCAACAGUCCAUUCUUGAAGGACUGCACCCUGUGCGAUGAACCCAUGCUGAAGCAGUUUGGGAAGAAUUGCAGCUUCUGGGAAGGACUUGUGUUGGAGAAGUUAAUGGAGGACUGUCUACCCUGGGAGGGAACGGAUGCUUUAGCAGGAGAGGAGCACGAGAAGUCCUCUCCCUGAGAAGGAAGGAGAGUCAGAGACACUGUGGGAUGAACUGACGACAACCCCCAUUCCCCUGUGCUGCUGGGAGGGAGGAGGUCGAGAAAAUCAGGAGUAAAGAUAAGCCUGGGGAGAAGGGGGGUGGGGGGGAGAUGUUUUUAAGAUUUGGGUUUAUUUCUCAUUAUUUUCUCUGGUUUCACUGGUAAUAAACUUAAUUAAUUUCCCCAAGUCAAGUGUGUUUUGCCCAUGACAGUAACCGCUGAGUGACCUCCCUGUCCUUUAUCUUGACCCACGAGCAUUUCAUUAUAUUUUCUCUCCCCUGUCCAGCUGAGGAGGGCGAGUGAUAGAGCGGCUUUGGCGGACACCUUGCAUGCAGCCAAGUCAAGCCAUCACAUGCGGGCAAUAUUUUAUUUGAUCUUGCUCACUUCUAAGGCGGAAGAAUGUAGAGCUGUAAAUCUGCUGUCAUAAAUUCUUGAUAUUUGGAACGGAAAUUAGUCUUCCUCCAAUUUCUGUGGGAGGAAAAGAUUGCCAGGCAGACUGCGUUUUUUGGCAGUAUCCCUCUUCUCUGUGUACAGAGGGUUUGGCCCACGUCUGCUGGCGCUGCCUGUCAGCAUGAGGCCAGGACUGUGAGGAAGGCUGCAAUCACCGUAUGGCAAAGCGGCGGGCUUGUAGUAAAUGGUUCAUGUGUGGUCAUCCAAAAUGUGACUGGAGGUGAUCUCAAAAAAGGGUGCACGGCAUUUCCAAAUGAAAACACUGUCCAAAGUUCAGUGACUGAAAUGUAAUAUUUAAGACCACACUCAAAAAACAGUUAUGUGAGAUUAAUGAGCAAGCUGUGUGUGAAGUUUGAAUGGUUCUGAUGUGGUAGACCUUGUAAGCUGGCUGAAGAUCAUGGCCAGCUGUAAGACCUUGGUUUACCAGAGCAGAAGAUGGGUUAUCCUUAGGCGGGAACUCCAGUGGUGUGCUUGUGUGGUGUUUUACACACUUGAGCUGAGGUGUUUUUAGAGAAGAGUCUCAGGCACACAUUUCUGCUCGAGUUCCAGCAAAAUACACUUGUUUGCGCAUCUUCCGGGCACUGGCUGUAAUGAGUCUUUCCUGUUCUUUGCCAAACACAACCCUCAUUUUUCAGCAUCUGUUCAUCAGUUUUUCCUCAAGCAGGGCUAUACCAUAUCACGCUUAAAACAGCAGGAGAAGCAGGUUCAUGGUUCGCUGCAAGACUCACAAUGCCGGUCACAAGGUAUGAUAAUAUUAUACUCUAAGGUAAAUAAUAAUUUAUAUACCUUUACAAGGAUCAAAGCCAAAUUAAAUUGUAAUUGCAGUUGAACCUUAAAGCGGAGUCUGGCUGAUUAGAUAAGGAACCAUGCAUAAAACCUGAGAAAUGUCCCUAUUGUCAUUUACAACCAACCACAGAAAC